AUGCCUCUAUCCAAAACCCAACCUUGCUCGCCAUCACCAAGUGACCGGGUGAUGCAUUUGUGCACAUUCUUCCACACCUUAGCUAUGUUUCUCCAAAGGUUAGAACAAUUACCUCAAGAUAUGGAGGAAGGAGUAGGAGAUGGUUCAAUUUUAUACUUACUUCGGACCGGUUUCACCCGGAGAGAGGAGCUAUUCGAGAUAAUCUCUCAUCCUAUUUUCAUGAAUUUAUCAUCGACAUCAGUCUCCAACCUCGUGCUCUGUGGACAUGUAGAGGUGGGCUAUGAGUUAGGGUUGGAUUGGCUUUACUCCAUAUGUUCAGGUCUCGUGGAACUGAAAGAGCAUAAUUGA